CUAGCUGUGAUAGUACCAUUUCGGGACCGCUUUGAAGAGCUCCAGGAAUUUGUUCCUCACAUGCAUAACUUUUUGAGCAAGAAAAAAAUAAGGCACACAAUAUUCAUCAUCAACCAGGCUGAUGGUCUAAGAUUCAAUCGUGGAUCCCUGAUAAACAUUGGUUAUCUAGUCAGUAAGAAAGAAGGAUGUGACUACAUUGCUAUGCAUGAUGUAGAUUUGCUGCCAUUGAAUCCAGAACUCAGCUAUGAUUUUCCCGAAGAAGGUCCAUUCCAUGUGUCGUCCCCAUGGCUUCACCCUCUUUAUCAUUAUAAGACAUUUGUUGGUGGCAUCUUGUUGCUGAGAAAUGAACACUUUCAGCUGGUAAAUGGAUUAUCAAAUCGAUACUGGGGCUGGGGUAGAGAAGAUGAUGAGUUUUAUGUUCGCAUAAAGCAAGCCAAGUUAAAUAUUUUUAGACCAGCCAACUUCACAACUGGUUAUCAUACAUUCAAGCAUAUACAUGACAGAAAAAAGAGGAAACGAGAUAUGAAGAAGACACCUGAUCAGAAAGAGACUGCCAGACACAGGGACUAUGAGACAGGAGUGGACAAUGUGCAAUAUGAAGUUGAUAGCAUCAGGUAUAUGGAGGUGGAUGGGUCCCCAUUCACUGUAGUCAAUGUGGUGCUGAUCUGUGACCUGACUGUCACUCCCUGGUGUGAGCCACUUGACGUCCAGGCCAACUCUUUAAAAAGGAAAUCUGUUGGGUGAUUAUUUAACAGGUUUCUAAAACAAAGCCAAUCCCUGCCUAUUCCAUUAAUGAUAUCAUUAUGUUAAAAUGUCAUGUCCAAUUUCUUGCUUGUUACAUUUUCCUUAUCAUAUGGUGCUGGAUUUGCAGUGAUUAAAAAUCAUGUAUUCUGUGAAAUAAUACCCCUUAGGAGGUAAGCAUACUUUUAUUGGAAAAGGCCAUCAGUAAUCAUUAGCAAUCAGUAUUGCAAAUCAACUUAAUGAUUGGAACUUGGAUUUAGGAUAACUAUCCCAUUAGCUGAUCUAUAUGUAAUAGGAAUAUUAUUUUCACCAAAGGGGCCAUCUCUUUACUGGAAACAAGCAAUUAUGAAAGGGCACUUAUCUAUAGAUAGAUUUAAAGCAUGAACCUUUUUUCUGAGUACAUGUUAUUGAACUAAUAUUUUUUCUUGUAUGUAGCACCAUUGGUUAUUGAAAUCUUUAUGGUGUUUAUUUAAUAUGCACUCUUUAUAUAAAACAUUUAUUUUAUAAAGCUGUUUGAUUAUGAAAAGUUUGAAAUUAAGAUUGGCAAUUUAUUUCAUAAUUAAGAGGCAAUAUAGUAAUUAUUUAUUUAAAAACUGUAGGAAGACUAAACUCUGUUUAUGCAUUGUUUAAGUGAUUGAUAAUAGACAUUUUGAUUUCAUUCUUUAGGGGAUUCAUGGGUAAUUAUACUUAUGACAGUGCUUAAGCAAAUGCAUGUAUAGAAAUGACUAUUAGUUAGCUUUCCUCAAGAGGGCUUUUACAAACAACCUCUGCAUUUCACUAGAGUUAGAUCAAUAGUCUAGGGCAAUGGAGUUGUACAAAACAUCAUCGUUUUCAUGCUUUUGCAAGUAUUUACUGUUCUUUAUUGUUUUCUUCAUGUACGUGACCUGUUAUUUGUAUGUUAUUUUUCUGUCACAGUUCCUCUGAUUGGGUGGAAGAUGCUUUGGUAGAAUAAAGGCAGUAUCUUGAUAUUGAUAAAAUUAUCCAAGUUUAUGAACUAUAGGUGUUUUUACAUCAGUUCUGUAGAGUAAUUGACAUCAAUAGAUAACCAGGUAACAUAGUGACCCCUAGUUACAACUAUUUAAUCCUUUGUUCAGUAAUCUUUUGACAUUAAUUUUUUACCUGUUUCUGGUCCAGGUCAGAGCUGAUGUGAACAGGCCUUGAGUAUGUUGGUAUAAUUUUUAUUACUACAAUAUUUCAAAUGUGUAAGUAAUGUGUUAGUAAUGUUUCUUAGGAUAUAUAUAUAUAAUGAAGUACUUAAUGCAUGUAAAACUAGUUGAAAACUGUUUCUAGCUUCCCAAAUGUCCGUAUACAUAAAGUUGAUAAUAACAUCCGUAGUUGAAAUUUUAUUUUAAGUAUUUUUGUGUUAAGAAAUAAAAAGUGUUGAAAAGUUCCUGGGUAACUAAUUUAUAAUUUAUGGAGGGAUUUAAACUUUUUGAUUAAUUAAUAUCAACCACUUUAAGAGAUUGAAUAAGCUGUGAUAAAAAAACUUAUAAGACUCGUAAAAGCUUGUUCAAUGAGGCAACUAACAUAAUCACCAGAUAGAAAUCUUCCAGACUGCAAAAGUCUCUUGGAAGACGAACCAUGCUGGCGUACCAUUGGACCAACUUUCCCACCUGAUUGAAAGAUUUAAUGAUACUUAAUCUAGUAAGUAUAUGCUAGUUAAACAUUGAGCUUGUUUAAGUGAUCUUACAGUUGUAGCAACCACCUUGAUUGCAAUAGUCUGGAAAGAUGAAUUAACUGAUCAGCAUCCAAAUGGAUUUUUUUCAACAUACAUUCUCCUUUUUUGUUCAAAUUGUGAAAUCUGUUAAAAUGCACAAUUGUUCAAGAAGACAUUAUUUUGGGUGCUAUGCAUGAUGUCUGCAUAUUUGUAAGCUUUGCUGUCUUUUAAUCAUAAUGCUAAAU